GCGCCGGUGGAAUUGGUGCAUUUUCUAUCUCGAACGACGAGUCAAAAUGGCUGGUCACAGCCACAGUUGUGGACAAGAAAGUCAUGAACAUGACCAUGAUGACGCUGAGAGGGGCCGGGAAUUCAGCCUUUAUCUGAAAAUAGACACAGAAAAUGUUGAAUGCUUGAACGAAAGUGUUGAGGGAUCCGGAAAAGCCGUGUUCAAACCAUGGGAGGACAAACUUGACACAAAAAAGUUUGUUGAGAGUGAUGUAGAUGAAGAAUUGUUGUUCAAUAUUCCGUUCACCGGAAAUGUGAAGUUAAAGGGCCUAAUUGUGAUUGGUGGAGAAGGCGAUUCACAUCCAUCCCAAAUGAAAUUAUACAAAAAUCGACCUAGAAUGACCUUUGAUGACACCGGCGUACCACCAGAACAGGAAUUCGAUUUACAGCCAGACAACAAGGGGCAGUUGGAAUAUGCUACCAAGAUUGUGAAAUUCAGCUCCGUACAGCAUCUGUCAAUAUACUUCCCUAAAAAUUUUGGAGCAGAUGAAACGAUUGUGUAUUAUAUUGGAUUGAGAGGAGAAUUCACAGAGGCCAAAAGACACGAGGUCACCAUAUGUACAUAUGAAGCCAGGGCAAACCCCUCCGAUCAUAAGACGAAUGCAUUUGACAGUGUCGGUCACCAAAUACAGUGAUACGAAACAAUCAUGGAUGUCUAAAAGAUCCCGAUAUCUGACCUUGGAACCUUCAACCUAAUUUCAGCCGAAGGAUACUAUUCCUGCAGGAGUUUGAAAUGUCUUUAAGUUUGAGCUGGAUGGAGAAAAAGUAAUGACACCAAGAAUAUUUGAAAACUUUUGCGGCUAUUUAAUCAGACCAAGUUGUUGUGAAGUUGUUGUCCUAUUAUUGCAUGAAUUAUCUCAUUUACUUCUAUGAAGUACUUGCCUGUUGAAAGAGAACAUGUUAUUGAGUCAUUUGCAUCACGAAAUUUGGUCAGUCAACAUAUAUCAUGUACAGACCUACCUACUUGGUAUAAUACUCUGCUUGAUAUAAUCAUGUAUAAAGUGUUUUCAUUUCAUUCAUUUGAAGCACCCAUUACUUUUACAUUGUACAUCAGCUAUGUCACACGUGGCUGAAUUGCUUUUAAAAGUGCUUGUGAAAAAUUGAAAGUUCUUAGGUGUAUAGCCUACAACUACUUGUAGUGCUUGUUGUGUAAUAUACUGAAUCUAAACUGUGUUAUAUUGUAAAGAAGUAGCCUGCUGUUUCACUGCUUUUUGUUAAACAUUUGAUACAAAAAUUGUGUUCAUUUCUCCUCCAUAGGUUGAUAAAACCCUCAGUGGUUUAAAAGAUGAAAUAAAAGUAUUUGUGAUAA